AAAAAAAAAAGAAAAAGAAAAAUCGCAUAAAAAGUUCAGAUAGUUUCUUCUUUCCUUUAUCGGUUUUUGGUCAAAAUAGUUGAAUUGGUGUAUGAGAUUUUUUGGUUCCUUUGAUUCUGAAAAUAAAAAGAGGAGAGGGAAGUAAUUAUCCAAAAAAAAAAAAAAUUUACAAAACUCUUCGAAAAGGGAAAAAAAAAAUCCAAUGGCACAGGUUCAGAUGCAGCCUCAGGUGCAGGUGGUGAAUGUGGCUUCGUCCGGCGGUGCGCCGUCUGUGACUUCUCUGUACGUCGGCGACCUCGACGCGAACGUCUCUGAUUCCCAACUCUACGAUCUGUUCAGCCAGAUGGGAGAUGUGGUCUCCGUUAGGGUUUGCCGGGAUUUGACGACUCGGGGAUCUCUUGGAUAUGGCUAUGUCAACUUCGGCAACCCUCAAGAUGCCGAGAGAGCAUUGAUGGAACUGAACUUCACUCCUCUCAAUGGGAAACCCAUCAGGGUAAUGUAUUCUCAUCGGGAUCCUAGUGUACGAAGAAGUGGUGCUGGAAAUAUAUAUAUUAAGAAUUUGGACAAGGAAAUUGACCACAAGGCUUUGCAUGAUACAUUUUCUGCCUUCGGCAAUAUUUUGUCAUGCAAAGUAGCAACAGAUGCUUCUGGUCAGUCAAUGGGCUAUGGAUUUGUGCAAUAUGCUAGUGACGAAUCUGCCCAGAAAGCUAUUGAGAAGCUUAAUGGCAUGCUCCUUAAUGGAAAGCAAGUUUAUGUGGGACCCUUCCUCCGCAAGCAAGAAAGAGAGAUGUCGAAAGACAAGACUAAAUUCACUAACGUGUUUGUGAAAAAUUUGUCUGAAUCAACUACUGAAGAGGAUCUUCAGAAGAUAUUUGGUGAAUUUGGAACCAUCACCAGUACAGUGGUGAUGAAAGAUGAAGAUGGAACAUCAAAAUGCUUUGGAUUUGUUAACUUUGAAAAUCCAGACGAUGCUGCUAGAGCAGUUGACUCUCUCAAUGGUGCAACAAUUGAGGACAAGGAGUGGUUUGUCGGGAGAGCUCAAAAGAAAUCUGAGAGGGAGAUGGAACUGAAAAAUCGGUUUGAGCAGAGUGUCAAGGAAGCAGUUGACAAAUCUCAGGGGUCAAACCUGUAUGUCAAAAAUCUGGAUGAUAGCAUUGGUGAUGAUAAGCUUAAGGAACUAUUCUCUCGAUUUGGUUCAAUAACUUCGUGCAAGGUGAUGCGAGAUCCAAAAGGAAUUAGCAGAGGAUCAGGCUUUGUUGCAUUCUCAUCACCUGAAGAGGCUUCAAGAGCUCUUUCUGAGAUGAAUGGCAGGAUGCUUGCUAACAAGCCUCUGUACGUUGCUCUUGCUCAAAGGAAAGAAGAUAGAAGGGCACGGCUGCAGGCACAAUUUGCUCAACUGAGGCCGAUGACAAUGGCGCCUACUGUUGCUCCUCGUAUGCCAAUGUAUGCACCUGGUGGUCCUGGGCUAGGGCAACAGAUCUUUUACGGGCAACCUCCACCUGCAAUCAUUCCUUCUCAACAUGGAUUUGGCUAUCAACAGCAGCUUGUACCUGGUAUGAGGCCUGGUGGGCCUCUCAUGCCAAAUAUGUUCCUGCCUAUGGUCCAGCAAGGGCAGCAAGGACCACGUCCUGGUGGAAGGAGAGGUAAUACUGUUUCAAUGCAACAGGGCCCAGUUCCUGUAAUGCAACAACAGAUGAUUCCAAGGGCACGUGGUAAACCAUACCCUCCUGGACGUGGUAUGCCUGAUGUCUCCUUGCAAGGAGUGCCUGGAGGUAUGCUCUCUGUCCCGUAUGUUGGCGGCCUUCCCAUGCAUGAUGCAGGAAUUUCUCAGCCAAUUCCUAUUGGAGCUUUGGCAUCUGCCCUUGCUAAUGCUUCUCCUAAUGAACAGAGGACGAUGUUGGGUGAAAAUUUGUACCCACUCGUUGAACAAUUGGAGCCUGAGAUGGCUGCUAAGGUUACUGGAAUGCUUCUUGAAAUGGACCAAACAGAAGUUCUGCACUUGCUCGAGUCACCCGAAGCUCUCAAAGCUAAGGUUGCCGAGGCUAUGGAUGUCCUCAGGAACGUAUCUCAACAACAGGCUGGCACUCCAGUCGAGCAGUUGGGUGCAUUAUCCUUGAAUCAAUGAAUUUAUUACUGGCUUGAAACAUAUAUUGCUCGAAAUUGGUACUCUUUUAAGAGUGUUCUAUUUUAUUAGGCUUUUGGUUUGUUGAAUUUGGAGAGCAAGUUUGAUCGUGUGCCUUAUGCUGAUGUUUCUUAGCUGGCAUAUCGGAUAUUUGGAUGUGUCUAAAACUCUGAAGCUUUGCCUGGUUUUGGUUUUUAUUUAAUUUGCAUGGACUUGUGGAUUGGACAUGGAUUUUAUUUAAUUUGCAUGGACUUGUGGGUUUGGACAUGGAUUUUUGUUUUGUAAUCAUCUAUUUGUGUUUUG